AUCAGAUGUUCGUGAGCUGUCUGUGAGAUUCAAGAUCAGCGAUAUUCCAAAAGAGUGUACCGACGCCAUGGAGUCCGAAUGCCAAUCCUUCGCCAAGGCCCUCCGAGCCGGCAACAAGCCCGCGUUUUCCUCUGAGGCAAAGUCUAUUGACUAUGCAAGGAAGCUGGACGCUCAAGAUAAACUGAAACUUCUCCGGAGUAACUUCAACAUCCCCAGUCGAAGAUCUUUGAAGAAGAGAGCGCUCGACGGUAGCCUACCAGGAGAGCCCAGCCAACAGCGCACCUCCAACGGUGACGCUGCGGACGACGACAAGCCCUCCAUCUACUUCGUCGGCAACUCGCUAGGCGCCCAGCCAAAAUGCAUCCGGCAGUAUCUCGACUCCCAGCUCGAGACGUGGGCGUCCAUCGGCGUCAACGGCCACUUCACGUCGCUCGGCAACUCGCCCCUGACCGCGUGGCAGGACAUGGCGGCCGACUGCGCGCAGAAGUCGCUCGACCUCGUCGGUGCCGCGUCGCCCAGCGAGGUCAUCUACAUGAACACACUGACGGUGAACCUGCACCUGAUGAUGGCGAGCUUCUUCCGGCCCACCGAGCAGCGGCACAAGAUCAUUGCCGAGUGGAAGCCCUUUCCCAGCGAUUCCUACGCGAUAGCCUCCCAACUGGAAUGGCACGGCCUCUCGACGUCGACCUCCCUGAUCGAGAUCCAGCCGGACCCUGAAACGCUGUACAUCCCGACGGAACGCAUUCUGUCAGUCAUAGAUGAGCACGCCGACUCCACAGCCCUUCUUCUACUCCCAGGCAUCCAGUACUACACAGGCCAACUCUUCGAUAUCCCCCGCAUCACCGCCCACGCCCGCCGCCACGGCAUCACCGUGGGGUGGGACCUGGCGCACGCGGUCGGCAACGUCGAGCUGGCGCUGCACGAGUGGAACGUCGACUUCGCCGUGUGGUGCACCUACAAGUACCUCAACGCCGGGCCGGGCGCGAUCGCGGGGUGUUUUGUGCAUGAGCGGCACCAUCACCACCACUCCAACGGGGCACCAGUCAAUGGAGGGAAAGCAGCAGAGAAGAAAUCCUAUGUGCCUCGCCUGGCGGGGUGGUACGGUGCCGACAAGGCGGUGCGGUUCAACAUGGAGAAGGAGUUCUCCCCCGCGGCGGGCGCAAACGGAUGGGUGGUGUCGAACCCGAGCGCUAUCGAUCUGGCGUGUGUGGGCGCCGCGCUGAGUGUGUUUGGUCAGACGCGCAUGGCCGACUUGCGCGAGAAGGGGAUGGUGUUGACGGCGUAUUUGGAGUGGUUGUUGAAGGGGUUGGUGGAAGAAGACGAGGAGAGGCGGGAGGGGCAGGGGCCGGCUUUUCGCAUUAUCACGCCCGCAAACCCGUUAGAGCGCGGCUCCCAGCUGAGUUUGUUGUUGAGGGGUGGUUUGUUGCAGAGAGUGAGCGAGAAGCUGGCGGAAGCAGGGAUUGUGGUGGAUGUUAGGAAACCCGACGUCAUUCGUGUGGCGCCGGUGCCCAUGUACUGCAGGUUUGAGGACGUUUGGGAAUUCGUCGAGGUGUUCAGUCAAGCCAUAGAAGAAGCCCAAUAGGAUUAAAG